AUCCAGAGAGACGUUGGUAUGUCAUGUGGCAUUUGACACUUGAAUUUGGAUUUGGAAUUGGAACAGAGAGAGAAACAGAUGCUCAGUGUGACAAACCUUUUCCCAAAAAGCCACAUUGUUCUUCAUUCUUUCGUCUUUUCCAUGAUGCUGUGCCCACAGCAACCUCAACGGUCGCUUCAUACACGAUAAUCUAUAAAACCCACCUCCCACGUACCUUGUGGCUUUCAAACUCGUUCACUGUUACUGCAAAAACUGUGACUGUCGCUAUGUUGGAACAUGUUGGAGGAGAGUGAGUCAUUACUUUGGUGAUUUUCGUUCAAAAAAAUAAAGGCUUUGCUGUUGAGGGGAGGUUGUGCAAGAUGGAGUCUUUAUGCAACAAGGGUGAGCAUUUUGAAAAGAAAAAAGAUGGGUUUCCUCCUUCUGCUUCUGCCGGUAACGGAGCUAAGAACAAGUCUAGUGAUCCAACUCAAGAAGCCAAAGGGUGUUCUUCUCCUCCUCUUGGUUGGCCUAUUCGGAAGGCUGCACUCUCCAAAUGCCGCAAGUCAGAUGAAAAAGAAAAUGAACCUAUUUCUCAUUUGGAAGAUACAAAAUUUACUAGCAUCAGUUCAAAAAUGUCAGGAAUUGAUGCGAUGAAGGAAAGGUUUGCAAAAUUACUACUUGGGGAAGAUAUGUCAGGAUCUGGGAAGGGAGUGUGCAGUGCUCUGGCCAUCUCAAAUGCCAUAACUAAUCUGUGUGCCACUGUGUUUGGGCAAUUAUGGAGACUAGAACCUGUGCCUUGUGAAAAGAAAGCAAUAUGGCAGAGGGAAAUGGAAUGGCUUCUUAGUGUUAGUGAUCACAUUGUUGAGCUAAUACCUUCUUGGCAAACAUUUCCAGAUGGAAGUAAGCUUGAGGUAAUGACUUGCCGGCCAAGGUCAGAUCUUUUUAUGAAUCUUCCUGCUCUGCGUAAACUCGACAACAUGCUUCUUGAAAUUUUAGAUAGUUGCAAAGACAUGGAGUUUUGGUAUGUUGAUCAAGGAAUUGUAGCCCAAGAUGCAGAUGGUUCAGCUUCAUUUUGCAAAAGAAUUCAACGUCAAGAGGAUAAGUGGUGGCUCCCUGUACCUCGUGUCCCCCUUUCUGGCCUCAGUGAGAACUCAAGAAAACAGUUGAAUCACACAAGAGAAUGUGCAAACCAAAUACUAAAAGCUUCCAUGGCUAUCAACAAUGGAGCUUUAGCUGAAAUGGAAGUUCCUGAGUCAUAUUUGGAAACCCUUCCUAAGAAUGGAAGAGCUUGCUUGGGGGAUUUUAUUUACCAUUACAUCACAUCAGAGAAAUUCUCUCCAGAGUGCUUGCUUGAUUGCCUAGACCUCUCCUCUGAGCAUGUUGCACUUGAGAUUGCAAACCGUGUGGAAGCCUCAAUAUAUGUGUGGCGUAGAAGAGGUCACUCUAGACCCCCACCUAAUCCUAACCGUUCAACUGCAAAGUCAUCGUGGGAAAUUGUCAAGGACUUCAUGGCUGAUGGAGAUAAGAGAGAACUACUAGCAGAAAGAGCUGAAAAUGUUCUACUUUCACUGAAGCAACGGUUUCCGGGUCUAACUCAAACUACCUUGGAUACUAGCAAGAUCCAGUGCAACAAGGAUGUAGGAAAAUCCAUAUUGGAGAGUUACUCAAGAGUUUUGGAGAGCAUGGCAUUUAACAUUGUAGCUCGCAUAGAUGAUUUGCUAUAUGUGGAUGACUUAACUAAACAUUCAGAUAGGUUUCCAUUGGUUCCAAUGUCAGUGUCUGUCUCAGGCACUCCUCACAAGGCAGUUGGCAAACCAAGCUUGUCACCUAAACCGCCACUAAUUAGUCCUGCAAGGGGAGAGAGAUCUCCUUUUCUCAUCAACAACAUCAACGUUAAACCUCUACGUCGCGGCUUUGGGGUGAGAAGAGUAUUGUCAAAUUAUCUAGGGGCAGAAUCCAAAGAAACAAAGACUUUAAGCAAUUCAAGUGUGGUGAGUGGUUCAAACCCAAGCAGCAAUAAAGCAGAACAGCCAGAACGCCAAAAGAAGUCACAUGCCAUGAAUGGAAAGGCAAAAUGACGGGUGGGGUUGUAUAGUAAAGCCAGCCAUUUCUUUGUAUCAAUAUCAUUUACUAGUAUCUGUUGUUGGUUGAGUUCUACAAAACUUAUGUUGUUAGUUGAGAAUGGAAAUUCAUAGUUGUUGUGUAACUAAAAAACAAAUCAUAGUUGUUGGGGGGUUGUUAUUACAGUCUUUAACUGAAAUCUGACACGGAUCAGUUCAGGACCAUUUGUAUCAAUUAGAAGAUUGUUUGGAGAGUAAGAUCAAUGAUAUAAUGUAUUUACUAUUUAAAGGGCA